AUCUGUUCACCAGCUGCUACUUUGGAAUCCCUGAACUGUAACUUCUAGCUAGCUGACUACCUGUUUAACCGCUUCACUCCCAUGAGUAAUGGUUUCACCGAGUUUCACAGAGGAAAGUACUAGUAUUAUUAUAUACUUGUGUUACCGUCGGGCCAUAUGAAAUGCAGAGAAACACACACCGUGCAGCUAAUGUGCCACUUUAACUGGCCGGUUAAACAAACGCACAGACAUGUUCUGUGUGUACGACUAUGAGGGAAUGACCGAAUCAGGUGCCCCUCUACCCCUCUCCGCCCUGAGACUCCUGGUCCCGCCGGUUCGGCUGGUCUCAGCAGCCGUGUGGCAGACCAUCCAGCAGAGAGCUGUGGCUGAUUAUGGGAUGCUCGAGGACUUUGUUUCCAUGGUUACGGACAUUGUUCCAGAGCUUCUCAGCACUCGUCAGAGGGCCCAGCUCACCCUGGGCCUCAGAGCACGGCUGAUCCUGGAGCUAUGUCAGUGUGAAGCCACUGCUGACUUGGAGCUCAUUCGGCCACACCUGGACCGAGUGCAAACACUCACAGAAGCAUGGGUGAUGGAGGUUGAUGCAGCAAAUAGGGAGGUGUCACACUCAGAAUUCGUGGAUCUGGUUAAGAGCUUGCUGAAAAAUCCAGACGAAAGGGAACAUUUCUUUCAGAAUGUUUUCCCCAAAGAGUUUGGUGCCACAUAUGAUGAAGCACUUUGCACCUUGAUCUGGUUGUUUCUGUCCAGGCUUGAAAAGUUCCUUCCUCUUCAAACUUUCCAACAGGUUGCCUCCAUGUUUGGUGAGGUGUCCUCGGUUUUGGAGGAAUGUAUAGACUCUGUGUCUCGACACGAGGAGCUCAAAACUCUGCUGCAGUAUCAGAAAGACCUCAGUCACCUGGAUCACAGUGAUGGAUCCUGGGAGGGCGCCUGCAUUAUUUCAGCUCUUAAACUUCCCCCUGUAGCGGGAGCUGAGACAGAUGAAGCACAACCACGAGCCAACAUCUUGAAUAUUUUGCCAUCAGAUUUGGAGAAUGGGUCUUUGACAUUGCUGCAUUCAACUGACAAAAUGACAGAAGAUCAAAAAAGUGAGGCAACUGUUGAUGAGCCUAAAUUGACUCCUGGGGAAAAUGGAGCAGCUGUUAUUUUGGUUAAUGCUAUGAGACAAGAAGAAAAUAUAGGCCUUCUUCAAAGUCAAGUGGAUGAUGCGUCUCACCGUCUAAAACAAUGCUAUGUUGAGCUAAAAAGACUGGACAUGCCACCGUCUUUGCAGUCUCGACCUGUGAGACAAAACAGAGGCCUGAGGAUGAAAAAACUCCUGUUGGAAGAGAAAAGAGGUCUUCGUGAAGAGGCCCUCUAUGCCUACAAAUCAGCUUCUAGAAUAACCAAACCCUCAAAUACAGCUCUUUCAGAGGCCUCUGACAAUGAGGAGUCAAGUAUUAAAGACACAUAUAUGGCUCCGAUCAAUGAUUGCAGCGAAGGUGACUCGUGGUCUUACUACUCAGAUGUGGACUCGUGCCAUAAGACUACAAUUGGUAGUCCGAGUACAGCUGAUUCAUGGUCUAACUACUCAGAUGAUGAGGGUUCCUUUGUGACUUCUGACAGGAGUUAUACUGAAGAUGAUUCAUUGUAUAGCUGCUCAAAUGAGGACCCUCCCCUCAUGAGUCCUAAAAAUGUGUCAUCAACCAGCAGACAGCAGGGCAUCUCUGAUGUCAAAGCUCCAAAAAAGACUCGUGUGAUCCAAUGCUUAGUCUGCAAGGAGCUUGUGAAUACAGGCAUGAUGGCUCACAUGAAAAUCCACUUUCCAACUGGUGAUUACGCCUGUCCUAGAUGUGACAGCAGGUUGAAAUCAUGCUCCUCUUUAAAGCUACACUUGAAAAGAACCUGCUUUGAGCACAAUCAGCAGAGGGUGGAUCCGGAGAAGCCAGACCAAGCUGAGAAUCUUUACAAAUGUGACAAAUGCGAAAAGGCAUUCAAGUACAAAGUCUCGCAAGAAAGACACAACCUGACCCACAGCGAACUCUACUGCAACGUGUGUAGGAAGGUUUUACGAGACUCGGCAGCACUGGCGAGGCACAAGGCUUCUCACACCACGUUUCAGUGUAACCGCUGCGAAGAGACCUUCGCUCACUUCAAGCCCUUGCUCAGGCAUUGCGAACACAUCCACAAAAUCCGCAGGCCAUUUAAAUGCGACCACUGUCCGAAAACGUUAUCCACGCUGCGUCUUUUAAUAGCCCACGAGUGGAAGCACACGGGCCACCUCCCAUUCCGGUGCGCUCACUGCGGCAUGAGAUUCAAAAACGACACAGAUCUAAUUUCACACCAGAGGGUCCACACCAGGGAGAGACCCUACCUGUGCGCAGACUGUGGCAGGACUUUCUCCCAGAAUUCCAGCUUGUUGCGGCACUUGCAUUUCGUCCACAGCGAGUUCCGAAAUGAGAAGAGGCAUUCGUGCACCCAGUGUGAGAAAUCUUUCAAAGAGAAAGGAGCCCUGAAGAAACACCAGAGGACCAAACACUUGAAUGAAUUGUUCCGUCAUCCAUGCCCAUACUGUGGAAAAAUGGUCUCUGCAUCGACCAUGGCCAGACAUAAAUUAAUGCACACAGGGAUGAGACCUUUUAAAUGCACCGUGGCCGACUGCGACAGACACUUCAGGUCAACGUCUGAAGUGAAGAGGCACGUCCUCCUACACCAUACUACGGAGAGACCAUACAAAUGCGAUGUCUGUGGGAAGGGCUUUAUAAAAAUGUAUUCUCUCAAUGCUCAUGCUCAAAUACACACGGGAAGGAAGCCUUUUGUUUGUCACAUCUGUGGCAAGGCUUUCCCUAAGCUCUACAGCAUGCAGAGACACAAAAAACUCAUACACACAUCUGUAACAAAGUAACUCUACAUGCUUCUCAGUCACAUUCUCCGUUAAAAAGCAGCACGCCAACAUCUCAAGAGGAUAAUUACUUUUACUUUACUUUAUAAACCCACUGAAGUUUUAAAAGGGGUCUGUGAACGCAAGUAAUUGUUGCUGAAAGCUUUAUCAGACUGACAACUGACUUCAUACAUAUCUUGUAUAGGAUGGCAAUAAAAAAAAGUCUGUGUUCAGAAAAGAUGAAUUACCUGUCAAGUGUUGUGGGGUUUUUUUGUGUUUGUUUUUAUUUUUUACAAAAUAUGUAUGUUUUAUCAUUUAUUUGUAGUCAUUGUUUUAUGUGUGUGAUUGAGAAGAUUGAAAGAAUGCCUGAAGUGUGUGUAACUGAGCCUAUAUAAAACAAUGUGUAACGUGUCGUCUUAUAGAGUUUGUGUUUUUUGUAAGUAGCAGAGCUGAUACUUGUUUCAUCGU